UGGUAUUCAGUUUCAAUUAGGGCUUGGCCCUCUCUCUCUCUCCCCCACGUACUUCUUUGUUGGUUCAGUUUCCAAGAGGAUUUCAAAUUUUCAAUUGUGUUCGUUCCAAUUAUCUUAUGGCGAAGGAUGGCUGCCUUGCUCGUGUCACCGCUGGCGUUGCUGUUGGUGGUGCGGUCGGCGGCGCUGUCGGUGCUGUUUAUGGGACAUACGAGGCUAUUAGGUAUAAGGUACCUGGAGUUUUGAAAAUUAGGCAUAUUGGACAGACCACACUGGGAAGUGCUGCAGUUUUUGGUCUUUUCUUGGGUGCUGGUAGCUUGAUACAUUGUGGGAAGUCAUACUGAAUACUGAGGUCAUGAAUAUUUCCCCGCUUCCCUAUUGACAGAGGCUUGCUUAUGAGCUCAAAUCUGGCACCCAUGGAAAGUCUUGGAAAUUUGCUUGAGUUUUAUGGAGCCUCCCAUAAGGUUUAGUUACACCUUCUUGUUCAUUAUGAUUUUUUUUAAUUUUUUGUAUUUAUCCUUUGAUGGUGCCCUUGAAUUUUCUUUUCAAGAGCUUUCUAUGUAUUUUUGAUCCAAUACUCUUUCCUUUCAUGGUGAUACUGUAGUUCUUUGCAGAGCAAAAAGUAGUCUGUGGGUUGCACAGUGUAUAUGCCUCAACUCUGUUUUUGUUUGCAUAUAUGGCAGAAUGAUGAAAUGAAUAAUCCUGUAAUGAUAAA